AUGUUUACAGACGCCAGACGCUGGCGGCCGGUUCGUUGCACCAUGGCCACGUUGCGCUGUGCGCCACGUCUUCGUCUCACGCCUCAUUGCCUGUCCGUGCCUGCAGUCGUCCAGCAGUCGCCCAGCAGUCUUCAAGUGCUGACAUUUGCCGAGGCCGGUCAUGGAGUUCGGUGCAACUUCAGCUCUGACCGCCAGCGCCCACUGCUGAAGACAAUGGCGGCGACAACGAUGCGUAAACACACUGGUUUCAGACUGUUGGUCGUCUACAUCAACGAGCAGGCUCAGAGGGUUGGGAUUAGUCAAUCUUCAGACGCACGUUUCGUCGCGUCGAAGCGAGGACGGAGAUUGACAGGGUACGACAUAAUCGAUUUCGCAGAGGCGAAAACGCUGCACGUAUAUCUGCGAUCUGCGAUCUGCCAUCUGCCAUGCUGGUCACUGCAACGUCUCUGGCAGCGGCACCGUUCCGCAGGGGGCAUCGCCAUCGUCGCCGUAGUCGCCGUCGCCGUCGCUGUCGAUCACAGAUCUCUAAUCUGGUCGCAAAAACGAUUCGUCCUAUUUCUGCUCCAUGUCGGCGGUCGACCGGUGGAUAUGUUCGCAGCGGCGGCAGUCACGGCCACGAUCUCCCAUGUCGGACCAGUUCUUGACUGCUUCAUCGUCGGCCAUCGAUCCAUCGAUCACACGCGCAUCAAAAUCUGGCACGACAUGUUCACGAAAGCGGCACAGCGCUUCACAGCACACGCUGAUCACUCAUCGGUUGAAGGACGACCUCUUCUUGCUUCUCCUCAGUCUUGCCGUCGCCAUCGGUUCGUCGUCCAGCUGCAGUUCUCUUCGAAGCACGUUUUGGCGACCGACCGACCGACCGGCUGGCCGGAGAACUGGCUGCUUCCGCAUUAUCCCCUUAAAUGCAAGCAGAGGCUUGAUCCGUCACUUGUCGACAGUCAGAUGCAAGCUGUUGAAGAAAUUCAUUUUUUGGCGAACCUCCUGGUGAACGAGUAA